UAUGUUUUUUUUGACGUCUUCAAUAAACAUAUAACAGAGAAACCCACAUAUAAAAACCAUAUUAAAUUUUAUUGUAAUAAGCAUGGAUAAAGUCUAGUUAUACGACAAUCCCCUGAAGUGAGCUACAAUUUUGGGAAUAUACCCGGCGUACCUUAAGGCAUCCAGUAGCAGCAACGAUGGAUCCGACGGAUGGUUGGAGGACGACGACGCAGUCGCUCGGAUUUGCCGUCGCUGUCGGCAGGCAGCCGUGAUGGGAGCUCGGCUCCUGGUCGGCAGCCGCAGUCGUGCGUUGUCCUUUGCUGCUGUCGGUUGUGUCCGCGCCAUCCGGUGACUGUAUCCUCCAGUGGUUAUCCUGAAUCAGGGCCCUCGACUUUCGCGGAGCCAGCUCGGCAGCACACACCUGUGCGCUAUCGUCAGUCCUCCGUCUGGCAACGAGUAACGGUUUGGCAAACGAUUGGCAAUAAUAGGAGUCAUCAGAACGAGCGCAAAUGUCAUACAGCAUGUCGUCCGUAGUCCGUGGCAUUAGUGCGACAUUUGGAGCUGGAAACUAGGAGCCCACUCACACCAACAACGCCCGUGGCCAUUACCAUGACGCUACUGCAGAGACUCCAGGCCAUGUCGGCCACCACGACCAGGACAAUACUGGAGGGCAGCAUCAGCAGCUUUGGUGGCGGGACAAAUGAGCCGCUGGCGAGCAAAAUACCCGUUCUGGAGGAGUCCGCCUCGCAUGCCAGAUAUUUGAAAUUCAUUGCCGACGGGCUCAUCGACGAGGGACUGGGCAGUGCGGUGGGCAGUGGGAGCAGCAUCGCCGUAUCCGUCGAAGACGUGGUCGCCGGACAGGCGCAGGACAUCCAGGCGAGCGAAGGAUCCACCGACGACGCCGACGGCAGUAGCCAUUUGGCAUUAGUCUUCGUCAAGUGUUUCAUUAUUGGUUUCAUCAUACUGGCCGCCAUCCUGGGCAACAUGCUGGUGAUUGUGUCCGUCAUGCGGCACCGGAAAUUGCGCAUUAUUACCAACUACUUUGUGGUCUCUCUGGCCGUCGCCGACAUGCUGGUGGCCCUCUGUGCGAUGACAUUUAAUGCUUCCGUCAUGAUCUCGGGCAAGUGGAUGUUCGGAUCCGUGAUGUGCGACAUGUGGAACAGCUUCGACGUCUACUUCUCCACCGCCAGCAUCAUGCACCUCUGCUGCAUAUCGGUCGACAGAUACUAUGCCAUUGUGCAACCACUGGACUAUCCACUAAUCAUGACACAGCGGCGCGUGUUCAUCAUGCUACUGAUGGUGUGGCUGUCGCCGGCGCUCCUCUCGUUCCUGCCCAUCUGCUCCGGAUGGUACACAACGACCGAGAACUACAAGUAUCUCAAAUCGAAUCCGCAUAUAUGCGAGUUCAAAGUGAACAAGGCGUACGCCAUAGUCAGCUCGUCGAUGAGCUUCUGGAUCCCCGGCAUCGUAAUGCUGUCGAUGUACUACCGCAUUUACCAGGAGGCCGACCGGCAGGAGCGUCUGGUGUACAGAUCCAAGGUGGCCGCUCUGCUGCUGGAGAAGCAUCUGCAGAUUAGCCAAAUUCCCAAGCCCCGGCCGAGCAUUCAGGUGGAGCAGUCGACCAUCUCGACGAUGCGGCGUGAGCGGAAGGCCGCCCGCACCCUGGGCAUCAUCAUGAGCGCCUUCCUCAUCUGCUGGCUGCCGUUCUUCCUCUGGUACAUCGUAUCCUCGCUGUGCGAUAGUUGCAUCACUCCGCGCCUGCUCGUUGGCAUCCUGUUUUGGAUCGGCUACUUCAACUCGGCCCUGAACCCCAUUAUUUAUGCAUACUUCAACCGCGACUUCAGGGCCGCCUUCAAGAAGACCCUCAAGAGUCUGUUUCCCUACGCUUUCUACUUCUGUCGACGUGGCAGGGGGCGAGACGAUGACCGGGAUCUGGAGUUCGGCGGUCCCAGUCGCCGGGGAACCAAUGGAGCCCAACGGGCCGGAUCCGGAUCCGCCGAAAUGGCCAACUGCGUCAACUCCACGGCCUCGUCGGAGAUUCACAUGAGCGUGAUGCGUGCCCGCCAGUAUGCCGUCAAUGUCACACCCACCACGGACGCCCAGAUGCAGCAGCUGCAUCCCCUGUACACCAACUAAACGAAAAACACACAUGGCGUAUACUUGAUUUCAACUCCAGUGCUUCGCAAUGUCUGUACAUGAGAUGAGUGCGCAGUGCACAGCAAGUGUUCUCCAGAAACCAGAUUGCCAGCUUACAAAUACAAAUCACUCGACAUAAACAUUCCUCAAAAUGGCUGCUAAGAGGGCUAAAAAAGAAUUUAACCACAAAUAAUAGCUAGAGCAACAGCCAGAGCAACAAUACGACAAUCCCACAGAUUAAAGAAAGCCUUCAAGAGCAGCAAAUUGACGUGCAAAAUAAAUUGAAAUCUUAUAGAAGUAUGUAUUGCGACAUACAUAUUUAGGUGUCAUGGAGUCAGGAAUUUCAUAACGAGAUGUUUAUAAAUGCGCAUGCAAAUAGAUAUAUAAAUUGAAUGUUUGAUAUACGUAUAUAAAAAGAUAGAUGUUAACCCAAAAAAAAAUAAUAAAAUAUGAAAUAUGCAUUGAUUGGUAAUCUAAAACGAAUCGCAAAUAAAAACUACACUGUGCAACAGUAUGUAGUGAGAGAGAAAGUGUAGGUUUAAGGUCUGGUUGAACUGCUGAACUUAAUGAAAAUAUUAUUUAUCACUUAAAAUGUUUAAUCUGUUCUAUUAUCUGAAACUUUAACUUUAAAUACUAUCAAACUUCUCUGCUUCUUUCACAUUUUAUUCGAUUAGCGAAUAAAGACUGACACUUUUAUUUUAUCAGUGACUUAAAAAUGAUUUAAUUAAAACAUUAACCACAUAUUCAAAGCACUCAAUCAGGCCUUAAAUCCACUUCAAAUCUCCAAUAAACAAAAACUAAUGUUAGUUGUUGCAGAGUGUUCGUAUUGUUUGUAAAACUCAUACUCUCAGUUCUGUUAGAUGUAAUGACAAAGCUCAUUUGGUUCGUUAAAUACAUUAACAUAAUCUAGUUCAUUGAAAUACAAUCAAAUUAUAUAUGUCAUAAAACAUAACCAGCAAAGGUAUACAUAUAGGGCCUAAAGCGCACGACUAACAUAUCCAUUGGGUCUUUAGCCACAACUUUGAUGUUUCCCGACUCUAAGUCCCAUACUGUUGUUGUAGUCGAACUAGCUCUAGAGCUAUAUAUUAUAUACGAACUAUACCUGUAGUCACAUACAUAUAUAGCAUGUAUGUGUGUACCUUUCUGCACUUAGAUGCAACUGACAUUCGUAGAUCUUUUUUGUAAUCUUUUGAGCAGGUGCGACUAAUACCCAAAAUGCUUUCCUCUUGCCUCGACAAUCUUAACAAGGCACAAUAAACUAAAUCUCCAGACUUCAAGCCUGUUUAGUUGACUUUCGCUUUCGACUCGAAAUUAGUUGAGUAGGAGAUAUAAGGAAUAUUAUCAGCAACUGCCACGCCCCCAGCGCGAAUUUGUCACCGCCAUUGCGCCCAUAAAUCAAAGGUGCUUCAGCGGAAAGCUGGCUAAAAUUGUUUGCCCAAAAUAUCAAAUCGUUGCAAAAAGUAUCUAUACGACAUGCAUAAAACGCCGACUUUUUCCUACGAUUCGCAGUCAUUAUUUAAAGCGCCGGCUUAAGAGCUCACCACCGUCGACAAAUGAGCAUCUUCCCUCUCUGUCGGCAUGACUACACCCCUCCUUGUCUCGACCAACCCCCGCCCACAAUGGGCGUGUCAAUAUUUACUUUAUUUAACUCUCGACACUUUGUUUAAACUGCAGAACGCACACGAAAAAGUUGGCAGCGAGCAGCCGCGUUGAUAACAUUUGAAAUGUAGCCAAAUAUUGUUAACUAAAUUAACGUCGAACGAUAAGAAGCUGAAGUACAAAAUGCGAAUGCUCUUUAAAACGUUUUGCUUCGACUAAAAUAACUGAAAUGUACCUAUUUUUGGUUACAUAAGUCAUUUCUUUGUUGCCGCAAGUGUUUCCAGGUGCAAUGCACUUUAGUACAACGAGGAAACAAGACAUUCGCUUAUGUAUCUCAGCAAAUCAAAAAUAGAACAAAUAUUUUCAGUAUACUCGAAGUUACAAAAUGCUUAUUUUGUUUCCUCAAAUAAAUUAUUUCAAAUAUCUGUACCUCAAUGUUGGGUCAUAUUUUCCAUUAUUUAGUAUUACCCUCUCUAAUUUAGGGUAUUUUUUCGUAGAAGUGUGGCACGUGUCCGUAAACCACCUGGAUCACAGCGGCAAUAACAAAAACAGGCAUAAUUAACAAAAAUACGAUUUAGUUUAAACGCGAAUUGCCAUGUCAACUCACGGGAGCAUGUGACUUUUGAAUAAAAAACCAACUAAAAAGCUCGCGUAACUGUCGAAAAGUAAAUAAUUAAAUAAUGGCAAUUAGGCGAAGCUCACGCCGAUUACAGUCGCCUAGAAAAGUAUGCUGCCGAGUCAUUAUUCCAUGAUGCAAUCCCAGAUAAGUUGACGAGUCUCGCACAUUCCACACAGAAUCUUCAUAUGCAAAUCCCAUGGGUGACAAUGAGUUGAGCAACUAUUUUCUGCCAGCUACUGUUUGAAGAGCUUAUAUGACUGAUUCGUUUUACUUUGGUUUACUACAUUUUCACACUGUACGUUGCUAGUAGAUAUACCAAGUACCUAAGAUAUUACCAGUCUAAGCAUAUAAAUCAGCUGAAUGAAGCUCAAUGUUCAAAUUAAACAAAUCAUUCGGAGCACUCACUGCAAUCGAAGCCAAACCAAAUUGAAAUGCAUUAAAUGUCCAACAGAAACGCUGAGCUGCAGCUUAUUUUGUAACACAAAUACAAACUGAGUGUCUAAUAAUAAUAAUGGUAGUCAGAUAAUUGUUAAAUAUUGAAUGUAUUAUGCAUGUGAAUAGUUGAAAUCGAUUCAUUAAAGGCGCGAAUAUAAAUAGAAUUUUAAAAGCAGACCACAACACGAAGGUAAUUACAAAUUAAUGCGAAAAUUCAUAUAUUCAUACGUAACUCGGCCACACGGCAUUAAAUAUGAAAUACAAAUAAAUGUGACAACCGGAGGAAAAUGUUAAUUAACUUGUGAACAAUAUUUACAAACAACAAAAAGUCAGAUAGCACGAAUCUUGUGGUCGAUUGUCGGUCA